AUGAACGAAAUCAAAUUCUCAGCAUUCUAUGAAACCGGCCACUAUACGGACUCCAUCGAUUUGGACACCUUCAUAAAGUGUGAGCUUAAUUUUCGGACUGAGCUAGCCUUUAUUCAUUUAAUGUCUAUAUUCGUUUACUCAAAUUUCUGUUCUUUUGUGACGAACGUAGGAUAUUUUUCGGUGAUAUAAGUGUUCCUAGCAGCCGUGACUCUGUUUGGCCAUAUUGUAUGUGUUUUCGCCUCCAAUAAACUAAAAUAAGUCAGUUGGGGACGCGAAGGCAGGAUCCGUACCACUGUAUCAACUCCAGGUAUUUAAAGGAAGUUUUCGUAAUUUGGCAGUUUUGCGCCAUUAAAAAUUUUCAAAAAGUGAACCACAGGAUCCUAAUAUAAACGUCUUGUCUGUCUUUUAACGCAUUGAAAAUAUGCUACAAAAAGAAAAGAAGCCAUAAUUCAUUUACUUAACCCCCACUGCCCCUUGCCCUUCUCUCACGAAUGCGUCAUUUUCAGUGUAUAUCAACCACCGUGACAGGCAUGGUACUCUCUUGGAUGAAAUAACACAGGCUUUCUGGGCCAUAAAGUCUGCAAAACGGCCCUGCACCCCGCUUUGUCCUCAUCGUAACACAUGCCCAGAUCUGCAAGGAAAAGAGGAACCAGUUAUUGACAGGAACCAUCUGUUAACCGUCAUACAAACUCUCGGUAAAUUGCAAUUGCCUAAUCACUGAAGUUUUCGCGAGAUUUUUCUUGCUGAACGGCUAGAUUCCAUCUGUAAAAAAUCUCAAUCGAAACAAAAAUGGUCGUUUACCAAAGAAUAAACAUACCCCUUGCUAACAGCAAGCAGAUUGCACUGGAUUGGUUGUUUGAAAAUAGAAAGUGAUACAGGAUAUGUGUUAAAUUAACUUUUGCAGGAUGGUCUUAGUAGCUGCAGAUAAUAAUGAUAAUAAUAAGAUUCCUCGAUGCAAUUACCUCUAACCGUUUUUGCAAUUAACUUUCGAGGAGCCAUUCAAUAUAUACUUAAUUUCUAAACGGCAAUGUAUAGGCUGAACUCAAUACUGUAACCGAGCACAGUCUAUUAGGCAUGUGGUCAGCUUGAGGUAUUUCUUUUCCCCUCCUAGACAAUUAAAGCAAUAUUUUUCGCGCCUCUUCGUCAGAAAAAAUAAUUCCUGAAUGAAGGCAAAUGUUUGGAUUCCAGGUGUCUGUAUAAGUAAGAAAGAAGGCUGACCGAGAGCCGGAAGAAUUUGUUUAUUUGCCUGAGCUUUCGAAUUCAUGUUGGAGUCCAUUAUCGACAAUUAAAUAAGCAAUGGAACAAACGAUAGUUGUAGACGGUGCUUGCCAAUCAACGAUGAUUGACGCAGGCAUGGCGGUGGCUGCGCAGGGCUCUGUACACCGGCGCGUAAUCGAUACCUCGAUUGACUGGGUUUUCAUUUGAGGGCCAGACAUCAAAAAGUUCUCAGCAUGCCAUGUUUCUUGCGUGGGUGAUUGUCUUUGGGGCUCCGAAGUUAAACUUGUGACCCGUUUCGAAGAUGUGAACAUGUUGGCAGGGUUUCCGUGUUGGUAUUGUGGGCCGGAAGCGCUUGGGACUUGUGGACCGCUAUUUCGGCUUGGGUAACGGCGAUCCGGUUGGCUUUAUAUAUUGCUGCACCGGUCCUCACUGCUCUUUUCUAAGCAGGUCGAUCCUGGGCGGGGUCCUCAUUAGCGGCCUGUGGGGUGGGGCGAAAGUGAUGGGUACAGGGGUUGUUUGAUUGAUUUUUUCCACGAUGAGGUGUACACCCGUGAGCCUUGGUAGGCGUACAGAUGACACGAUCCCAGUAUUUGGUCCGGACACGUUUGCGGCCUUUUCCCCCUCAAGGAGGUAAGCAGUACUAUCCAUAUAUAGGGCUGCUUAAGCAUCGCACACAGCCGUCGAACUCCACUAUGGGUCACGGUUUGGCUUAGUGGGGAACGAUCCGAGUUGGCCUGAACCGCCAAUGAGAUUGCAUGUCGCCCUCUCCGUAGGACCUUUCGAAAGUGGGAUGGGCGAACGGGGGGAUGGGAACACAAUUGCCGGGUCUGGGGACACAAAACGCCGGAUACCCUCAUUUGCUUUGGUUCGCUGGUCGAGGCAGUUAUCGAGGUGUGACCGCUAGGCGGAGCCUAGCUUGGGAAGUCACAGAUAAGGGCUGGGUGCCAAUUAAGGGACCUGCGGCGUAGUCACCACCUUACGAGGCACAUGCUGCGACCUGCUACGAUCUGCAUGGUGGAUCCCUUAACUAGGCACCCCUAAAGCCAGAUAGUAAGCACGGACCUAGUCGCAAACUCCAUCGAAAUGCCAAUCACGGCGGUAGCUCGUCAUCCUGUGGGAUGCCUCGAUGACUGAGGACGUCUAAAUCAAGGCUGGAUUGUACAGCGGAGGACUUUUGAGGGUCUACCGUAUGUUGGCGCUUCUUGACUGGCCCGAGCUUACGCCAGUCAGUCUAGUCUCGAAUUCAGACCGCUAGCUUGCAUAUAGUUACGAUGUCAAUGGAGGUUUCGCCACUGGCCGAAAAGAUUGGUCUGCUGGAUCAACCAACAGCUCAACUCCGGGCAUCGUCACGUGGCGGAGAAAAAAGGUGUGCCAAGGCCUACAGUCACGCCUGUAAUAGGACAUAAAACCAAAGCAUAAGGAUUGUAGACAUUGUUCAAAAGACGCUGGGAAGUCUUUCGAAGACGGAAACGAUGUAGGAAUGGGCCAAGUACUGCUUCUGUAUUGUUACCCGACAAGGAGAUCAACGGCUUAAUCAAUCCAAAAUUAUUUUGUUGUAAUGUGGACCGAUUAAUGACACUCUCCUAUGACACCCUUUCCGUUUCUUAAGGUGAACCAGUUCGACAUGAUGAACUAGUCGACGACCUUGCCGUUCUCUUGGGCCUGGCUCCAGAGGCUGGCCAUGUAGAGGAUCCCCACGCAUUGGACGAUCUCUCCGUUUCGGACGAGAUUGAGAAGAGGCUGCCACUGUGCUUCACGCCACGGAGCUUUGCAGAGCAGCUACUAGCCAUGGAGCUUUGUAAGGACCUGCCGGCCACGCUGGACACAACACGUGACAUAGAAGUCCCUCCCGUGACCGCUAUUGCAGAUGUUCAAACAACUAAUUGCAUGUCUUGUCACUGA